UAAAAUCCCCCUCACCACCACCACGGAGAGGCUCCAUGGCUGCCGCGGGACUCAAGGCUGCAGGCGGCAGCGUGUGGAAGAGCGGCGGAGUCGGUCUGCAGCUGGUGGCCGCUGCCGCUUCCACUCACAGCUGCGCCUCUAAAGGCAGCGUAGACGGGCGCGCAGGCUGCAGCCAGCCGAGGGCCCACCAGCACCAGUCGGCGGGACACUCGCCGCCGCCGCCGCCGCCGCCGCCCUCCUUGAACGGCAAAGUCAAGAGAGCCGGGGACUCCAGCCAUGCAGCUACUGCCCCCUUGGGCAGCCCCGUCGAAGGGGUCGACACCAAGUCCUAUCUCUGGGCCAGGUACCAUGAGAUGAAAAAGCUGGUUUACGAUCUCCUCCCACCAGGGGUCUGCAGUCUUCUUAACCCAGCAGCUAUUUAUGCAAAUAAUGAGAUCAGUCUGGGAGAUGUAGAGAUCUAUGGCUUUGAUUAUGAUUACACAUUAGCGCAAUAUUCAAAUUUGUUACAUUCUAUGAUAUUCAACACUGCCAGAGACAUCUUAAUUGAACAGCUUAAGUACCCAGAAGGACUCAGAAAAUAUGAAUACAUUCCUGGAUUUGCCAUAAGAGGGCUUCACUAUGAUGUCCACAAGAGCCUUCUGAUGAAGAUUGAUGCUUUCCACUAUGUUCAGUUGGGUACUGCAUAUCAAGGGCUGAAACCAGUGCCUGAUGAAGAGGUUAUUGAGAUGUAUGGCGGAACCCAGCAUAUUCCAUUAUACCAAAUGAGUGACUUUUACGGCAAGGGUCCAUCAAUUAAGCAGUUUAUGGACAUCUUCUCCCUUCCUGAAAUGACUCUGCUUUCAUCCGUGACUGACUAUUUCAUGACUCACAAUAUUGAGUAUGACCAAGUUCAUCUUUACAAGGAUAUAAGUGAUGCCAUUAAAGAUGUCCAUGUGAAAGGAAUGAUGUACAAAUGGAUUGAAAAGGACAUGGAAAAAUAUAUUCUUCAUGGAGAUGAAACUUACGCUGUCCUAAAUCGACUGGUUAACCAUAACAAAAAACUAUUUCUUAUCACAAACAGUCCUUUUAGCUUUGUUGAUAAAGGAAUGAAGCACAUGGUUGGCAAGAACUGGCGAGACCUUUUCGACAUGGUCAUUGUGCAAGCAGAUAAGCCGAAUUUCUUCACUGAUAGACGCAAACCCUUCAGGAAAAUGGAUGAAAAAGGUUCACUUCAUUGGGAUAAAAUAAGCAAACUGGAAAAGGGGAAAAUUUACAAACAGGGCAAUCUGUUUGAUUUUCUGCGGCUAACAGGCUGGCGGGGGUCCAAGGUCCUUUAUUUUGGUGACCAUUUGUACAGCGACCUUGCAGAUCUCAUGCUGCGGCAUGGUUGGAGGACAGGUGCCAUUGUUCCAGAACUUGAAACGGAAAUCCGAGCAGAAGCACCCAAGGAGAGUGAAACAGGGCCAGAAAGGAUGAGGCCUGGGAAGACUUCUGAGGGCCCAGUAGUGAGGCCUUGA